GCGCGCCCCCGCCACGUGCUGCUGAUCCUGGCGGAUGACGGAGGCUUUGAGAGCGGCGCCUACAACAACAGCGCCAUCGCCACGCCGCACCUGGACGCCCUGGCCCGGCGCAGCCUGGUCUUCCGCAACGCCUUCACCUCGGUCAGCAGCUGCUCGCCCAGCCGCGCCAGCCUCCUCACUGGCCUGCCCCAGGUGAGGGGCGGGGCAGGAGCAGGGCCUGGUGGAGGGGAGCCCUCCCUGCCCGCUGGGUGUGCUCACCUCCCAUGCCCCACUCCCCACAUGGCAUCCUCUGGUGAGCAGGUGCACGCUGCCGCUGUGGGCGGGCCUCUGAGGGGGGAGCCUUUCGCCAUCAGCUGGUAUCUCCCCGGUCGGAGUGGUUAUAGCCACAAGUUUACCCCCCUGCCGCUGCUGCUCAGCCGCGCCGCCGUGCGCACAGGCAUCAUCGGGAAGAAGCACGUGGGGCCGGAGGCGGUGUUCCCCUUCGACUUCGCGCACACGGAGGAGACUGACUCGGUGCUCCAGGUGGGCCGCAACAUCACCAGGAUUCGGCUGCUGGUCCGGGAGUUCCUGCAGACGGGGGACAGCAGGCCCUUCUUCCUGUAUGUCGCCUUCCACGAUCCCCACCGCUGCGGGCACUCCCAGCCCCAGUACGGGACCUUCUGCGAGAAGUUCGGCAACGGGGAGAGCGGCAUGGGGCGCAUCCCAGACUGGACCCCACAGGUCUACGACCCCCAGGAUGUGCAGGUGCCUUACUUCGUCCCUGACACCCCAGCAGCCCGGGCUGACCUGGCCGCUCAGUACACCACCAUCGGCCGCAUGGACCAAGGUGGGUCAGGGAGUCCCGGUGUGGGGGUGUCCGUGUGGGCCAGGAGCCUGGGACCUGGGGGGUGUGGAGGGACUCCUGUCUCCGGCCCCUGCCCGACUGUCCCUGUCAGCCCCACAGGGAAGACCUCCCCGGAGCACCCGAGCCGCUGGGGCCAGGUCAGCGAGGCCUACGUGAGCCUCCUCGACCUCACGCCCACCGUGCUGGACUGGUUCUCUAUCCCUUAGCCCCGCUACGCCAUCUUCGGCUCCAAGACAGUCCGGCUCACUGGCCGGUCUCUCCUGCCGGCGCUGGACGCGGAGCCCGCCUGGUCCACGGUCUUCGGCAGCCAGAGCCACCACGAGGCCACCAUGUUCUACCCGAUGCGCUCCGUGCAGCGCGGGGCCCUGCGCCUGGUGCACAACCUGCCCUGUGGGUGUCCCCUCCCCCCACCAGCCGGGGCUCAAGUACUCUCUCUCCCUAGGUGUCCUCUCAGUGAGCCUGACCCUGCGCUUCCCACUCAGAGGCUAACCUGCCGGGAGCGCUGGGAGCUCUACGACCUCCGCCGCGACCCCCACGAGACCCAGAACCUGGCUGCCGACCUGCGCUAUGCCCCGGCGCUGGAGCUGCUGCGCACACAGCUGGCCAAGUGGCAGUGGGAGACCCAGGACCCCUGGGUGUGCGCCCCCGACGGGGUCCUGGAGGAGAGGCCCUCGCCCCAGUGCCGGCCCCUGCACAAUGAGCUGUGAGCCACACGCGCCUCCUCCAGGCCCUGUCCCCGCGCCCCCGCCAGGGAGGGCGUGGCCAGCCUCGGGCACAGGCACACUCCUGGGCUGCCCGCAGAGGGCGCUCCCUGAUGCUGCCUCUUUCCCGUCUGCCUGGAGGGGCACAGAGGCUGUCUCCACCGUGCCAUGGGGCAUCGCCACCCUGUCUGAGCCGUGUCCCGGCACAGGAAUCCCAGGGCGACCUAGGACAGGUCUGGACAAGGGGUUGUUUCCUCGGUUGGGUCCCGGGACCCUCAUUCUCUGGAGCCACAGAUGUCCAUGCCCUUCCUGUGAGAGGAGCCGAGGGGCUGCAUGUGCCAUGUGGAUGGAGACAGGUCCAACCCCACUCUGGGACUGCAGUGUUGGUUUUAUCCAUCUCUGGUCCUGAAGACACUGGGGCCGCCGGGCCAAGUCCCCGGCCCUGGGCUGGUUUCCGGGGGACGCUCCCGGCCGGCUGAGUGGCAGGUCUGAGCCCGUGGGCAUCCAUCCUUUUGACGCCCCGGGAUGCCGCCCGCAGGCUGGUCCCCUCUGUGGAGGGCACAGGUCUAGCGCAGAUGCCGCCCGCAUGCUCCAUGCCCUGCCCUCCCGGCGGCCGCUUUCUCUCCCAAUGGGGGCUCCUGUCGCCCCGCCCUCCCCACCUCCUCCCUCCUGGGGGCGAGGGUGAGCCACAGGCCAGAACAUUGUACACGCUUAUUUUAGUCUAACAUGCAAGUCCAUUUCUGAACUUGUUUA